UAAGGGUUAAGGUUAGGGACGUCGCAUAGAGCUAGAUAUAGGACUCGUCUUUAUAUCUGUGCCGUUAUGACAGCUUCAUAGAGUACCAUAGUACGAGUCAUAAUACCGAGCGGUCAAACAGGUAAAUGGUUUCAAUUGUUUUUCCACCAUUCAUUUUUCCAAAAGGGGACUUUAGAAACACUUAAAAUAAGGGCUGUGUUUCAUGUAGGCUUACCCUGGCGUGACGUUUUGAUAACGUGUAAAUCUCUUUAGGGCAAGGUGACUUAUCAAUAUAUUCGCCUGUAUUUACCCCCUAAAAUGAAACGCUAAUUAGCCUAUCAUAAACAACUACAAGACUGCCGAAUCGAGGCAAAGGUAAGAAUCCCUGGAUUAAUUAUCUGUUAGCUAAAUGUAGUAAUCAAUUGUAUACAUUUCUUUCAAUUCUGUGAACUGUCUUGUGCAAGUUUUAAAUUGACACAAUACUUGUCAGCAAAGGCUUCUGUUAGAGAUGAAGUGCAGCGAUUUUUGUGGUUUUGCAUGUCUACUUUGAUGCUAAUUAGUAUUUUCACAUCAAGGGUAAAUAGAGCCGAUUUAUAUUGAUACGUCACCUUGUCCGAGAGAGAUUUACAUGGUUAUCAAAACAUCAGCCUGCACGAAACACAGCCUAAAAUCCAGUUUCUAAAAUGCCCUAUGGUUAAAAUGAAUUGUUGAAAAAAUGAUUUAAAACAUUUCCCUGUUUUGACCGCUAGGAUUUGACAUCUCCACCGUGGCGCUCUAUAGAGACCACAACCCAUAGGAAUUCCCACCCAGUUGACUACUUUAAAAUGGUGGAAGCCCUCAAUGGUGGCAGGUAGCCUCGUCGUUAAAGCUCUGGGCCAGCAACCAAAAAUUGCUAGAUUGAAUCCCCAAACUGACAAGGUACAAAUCUGUCAUAACCCCUCCUAGGCCGUCAUUGUAAAUAAAAAUGUGUUCUUAACUGACUUGCCUAGUUAAAUAAAGGUUAACAAAAAAUAAAUGGUGCUCCCAUGGUAAAACGACAUGCUCUAUGGAGCAUAUUCUGGACAGCACCAGAGAGGAAGAGACCCAACUCGGCGGAGCAUCUGUCUCCAUCCAACAGGUGUCGUAUUUUCGUUGUUUCGCACACCAAGCAAGGAGUUUUUGUAUGGAGGCCAAGAAGAGUCGACUUUGGUCAACAACAACAAAAAUGAAUGGCUUACUUCCGAGCCCCUGUGACAUCACUACAGCUGAGAGUAGAGAAGACACACUGGCCAAGUGAGUGACUGAGCUGUGGCAGAGGAGAGGGGUCAACAUGGGGCUACACUCAGCCCAGAAGAAGCACUUUCCCCUGAAGGGGAUUGGUGGCGUGGUUGCCCUGUUCGAAGAGGAGCUCCGUAAAUCUGAACCAGACCUUGCCCUUCUCUCAUUGGUCCUGGGCUUUGCAGAACACUUCCUGGCUGUCAACCGAGUCAUACCAAUUAAUGUCCCGGGGGUGCGCUUUGAGCCGCUGGAGCUAGACUGCCCAAACUCCUGCUUUCCUACAGUGGAGUUAGGGAUGCUAUCGGCCCUGCACGAGCGCUUCGCAGCCCAGAUCCGGGGCGCUGUGGACCUGUCCCAGUACCGCAGGCCUGCUGGCGGGUCCAGCAGGGAACUGGUGAAGAAAGUAUCUGAUGUCAUCUGGAACAGCCUGAGCCGCUCCUACUUUAAGGACCGCGCCCACAUCCAGUCCCUCUUCAGUCUCAUCACUGGCACAAAGCUGGACAGCUCGGGGGUGGCGUUUGCGGUGGUGGCAGCAUGCCAGGUGCUGGGGCUGCGGGACGUGCACCUGGCCCUGUCCGAGGACCACGCCUGGGUCAUCUUUGGCAAGAACGGAGAGGAGACUGCAGAGGUCACCUGGCACGGAAAGGGCAACGAGGACCGGAGGGGGCAGACAGUUGCUGCCGGUGUCGGUGAGAGGAGCUGGCUGUACUUAAAGGGCUCCUAUAUGAAGUGUAACAGGAACAUGGAGGUGGCCUUCAUGGUGUGUGCCAUCAACCCCUCUCUGGACCUGCACACUGACAGCUCCGAGAUGCUACAACUUCAGCAGAGGCUUCUAUGGCUGCUGUACGAGCGAGGAGACCUGGAAAGAUACCCCAUGGCUAUGGGCACCCUGGCAGACUUGGAGGACCAGGAGCCCAUCCCUGGCAAAGAGAGCCCCCACGCCAUCCACCUUAAAGCUGUGAACUCUGCUAAGAAGUACUACAACAACGAGCACAUCUACCCCUUCAUGUACCUGGCCGGCUACCACUACAGACACAGGGAGGUCCGGGAGGCCUUGGGGGCCUGGGCCGAGGCUGCACAGGUCAUGCAGGACUACAACUACUUCCGCGAGGACGAAGAGAUCUACAAGGAGUUUUUUGACAUUGCCAACGACGUCAUCCCCACCCUGCUGAAGGAGACGGCUGCAGCCGCUGAGAGCGGAGAAGGGAGCGAGGGAGGAGAGAAGGACCAGCCCAUACAGGCCUCUGCCCUCCAGGACCCAGAAUGCUUUGCCCACCUGUUGCGUUUCUAUGAUGGCAUCUGUAAGUGGGAGGAGGGAAGCCCCACCCCUGUCCUUCAUGUUGGCUGGGCCACCUACCUGGUCCAGUCCCUCAGUCGCUUUGACCCACAGAUCCGUCAGAGGGUGUCCAUCAUCACCAAAGAGCCUGAGCCCCAGGACGACGAUGACCAAUCCAGUGAGGACCCUCGCGAAGGCCGGAGACGUGGCCCGAGGCGUGAGUCCAGACUGGAAGACCAAGCUUCCCCUCCAACACAAUCCACCCCCACCACCCCUGUCCCACCACCAACCCAACCCAACCAGGCUAAGAAAGUAGGUGGAGAGGGCGGGACGCGGCGUCGCUCUUCAGGGCUCCGCGGUGGAGACCCCGAAGGCAAGGCCAAGUCAUCCAGCCCGGUGCCCUCUCCUCUCCAGCAGCUGCCCUCCCCCAGUGGGAGUCCCCUGGUGGCCUUCCGGAGCAAGAAGAUGAAGGGCAUGAAGGAGCUGCUGUCUGCACCCAAGGUCAACGCCAGCGCCAUCAAGCUCCAGCUCACCGCCCAGUCACAGGUGCAGAUGAAGAGGCAGAAGAGCACGCCGUCAGGUGACUACACCAUGUCCUUUAUGAAGCGCCAGCGUAAAUCUCUGUAGAACAUUCCUCUAGCAUGGCUCCCAAGUCUGGUUGUGUUGUAAAGCCAACACUUAUGGUCAUUUAUCAUAAGAGUUGACUAUACAGCACACACAGAUCUGGGACCAGGCUAGACUUUCUCUUCAUUGGGAGAGAAACGAGGAGAGGCUGUCUGUAAGACAUUUCUGUUGUGCUGUGACUGUGAGAGGCGAGGCAGCACAAAAAAGACUGCCGCAUCUGCUGAGCAUUAUACGAUUUACUUUAUUUUUUAGCAAUCAUAUCAUAAGUCCCAAUAAGUAGGGCCGGGAUGAUACCAGUAUCACGAUACUCGUUAGUAUUGUGGCAAGGAAACAAAUGUCAGAAACAUAAAUCAUUAAGUUGUAGGCAUCCAGAGUCACAUUUGUUUAUUUUCCGAGCUAUAGUGUACAAUAUUGGACGUACAGCAGGUUUUGUAUGGUUUGUGUUUUCAUUUUUACCAUGGAAAAAUAUUGUGAUGCUGGCAUCGUCCGGGCCCUACCAAUAAGGCCAUACGAGGGUCGGUAAGCACAUGACGUGUGUGUUUAAGAGUGGAGGUCGUCACUUUAAUCAUGUUUGGACAUAUGUUGACCAAGUUGCUCCUUUUAAUCUUGUGAUUCAAUAAUGAUUGUGUAUCAUACAAUAAAAUAAAAUGCAGUCACUUUGUGAGGAUCAACUGAGCAGUGGCACACAUCAACUGUUGAGUUCUGAUUGACUUGUGUGGAAGUUAUUUUAAAGCCAAAGUAAUGGGUGUUUAGAUGAUGAAAACACCCUGCCCCUGGACAUUUUAUGGGAUGUGAGAAUUGCUCUGUUAAAGCAGCCAGAAUUCCAUUCUAUAUUUCAAGUCUUAACUUAAUUUUCAUCUUUUUCACUGAAAUCCCUGGAAGUGAUUUGGACUAUUACUGUGUAACAAUGUCCAACCCUGCUCUGUUGUCUCUUUCUAGGUAUUGGUUGCCUUAUACACCACCUUUUCUAUUUAAAAUUUAGGUGGCCUUUUUUUUUAGUUUUGAGACUAGCCAGAGCUGCAAUAGGCAACCUCAUGAUUAGAAAGUGACCAGAAAGACCAUGCACUGUUUGAAGGGUAUUGCUGUAGUAUUCCCAGCUACAUACAGUAGUAUUUUGCUUGAUCAUUGGUUUUAUUUGCAGGUAAUAAAAUAAUUUCAAAUAUGA